UCCUGACCUCAGGUGAUUCUACCUGCCUCGGCUUCCCAAAGUGCCGGGAUUACAGACGUGAGCCACAGUGCCUGGCCACAUUAAUGUUUUAUUGUUUUUACAAGGAUAAUAUGCUCAUAGAUUGUACAACUAAAAGCCAAUUUAAAAUUUAUGCUGGAAAAAAUAUGUUGUUUUUAUGCAUAGGUUCCUGUAAAUGCAGAGAAAGACGGGGAGAAGAGCGUAAAUAAGGAGACAGUAGUUAUGUUCAUGAGGGAUGUGGGAACAGAGAAGGUAAAAGACAUUGGCUUUUUUUAUACUUCUGUGUUUUUAUACUUUUAUAAAGCAAAUGCAUUCAUGUAUUAACUUGUAUGCUGAAGAAAGGACUAAAUUCGGCGAUAACUGCGCAGGCGCGGACAAGAAUGAUCUUUUCCUAGGAUCUGGCAAGAUGGCAGAGGUAGAGCAGAAGCGGAACUUCCGGAAGUUCACCUACCGCGGCGUGGACCUGGACCAGCUGCUGGACAUGCCCUACAAGCAGCUGAUGUUGUUGUACAGUGCGCGCGAGCGGCGGCGGCUGAACCGGGGCCUUCGGCGGAAGCAGCACUCGGUGCUGAAGCGCCCGCGCAAGGCCAAGAAGGAGGUGCGGCCCACGGAGAAGCUGGAAGAGGUGAAGACACACUUGCGAGACAUGAUCAUCCUGCUCGAGAUGGUGGGCAGCAUGGUGGGCGUCUACAAAGGCAAGACUUUCAUCCAGGUGGAGAUCAAGCCAGAGAUGAUCUGCCACUACCUGGGCGAGUUCUCCAUCACCUACAAGCCCGUGAAGCACGGCCGGCCGGGCAUCGGGGCCAGUCACUCCUCCCGCCUUACCCCCAUCAAGUAGUGGCUCUGCUAAUAAAGGCACACAGAUCUCCAAAAAAAAAAAAAAAAAAAGAAA